AUGCCUCCCUUCUCAAACCUCCACUCCUCCACCCUCUCCCACAGCACCACCUCCUCUUACCCCUCAGCAACAGCGGUCUUCUUCUCCAUCCCCGAACUACUCCAACUCCUCGGCUACUUUCUUACAGCGCAAGAUAUUGCUCUCUUCCGAGCAACCAACAAAACCUACUACCGAGCCUUCCACACCCUCUUCUGGCAGACCGUUGACCUCCUUGGUGAUGGGAAUUCGUUCGACCACCCUGACAGCAAAACCAUCCGUCUGUUGGAUUCCCGUCCGGCGACUAGAGCUUUCGCACUCAACCAACGAUAUAUCCGGUCUUUGUCCUGCCAGUCGUCGUUUAUUGCCCACCAUUUCUAUGGACUGUGUGUGCUGAUGGAUGUUGUCAAGUACCUCAAGCCCGGUGUAGCCUUGAUGGAUGUAUCCUCGAGAGAUACAAUACAGGAUAUGACGGCGACUGCGCAGGAGAUGCUGGCAAAGACGACCUUACACGAGGGGACGACAGUCUCAAAACGCCCAGGAUGGCUCCUCGCCAGCUCUAUCAGUUCCCCCUACGGACACGUAUCGAACGUCCCGGCCGUCUACACCGCCAACGCAGGAUUGCUCUUCCCACCCCUGACGAACCUAACCCGCUUGGAGUGCGCGCUCAAGGUCCAGUGUAUUACAAAUUGGCGGUCUCGCCCCGUCCGAUGCCCCAUCUCAAAAUCGUCGAUCAACAUGUUUCUCUGCUGGAUCUUGUAUUUCAACAAGGCGCUCACGCAUGUCAAAAUCGACGGUGUUGACUUGACGACGCUGUGGCCGGUUAGUAUCUUGGCACAUACACUUUCGGGAUUGGCGUAUCUGAGAUCUUUGGAGCUUUCGACGGAGAUGACGACUCAGGACCUGACCAAGGAUCUUGUGGGGGAGUACUUGUUGUUUCAUUGUAGUCAUACGCUGGAGGUGUUUCAUCUGAAAGCUGAGGUUGGAGGUGCGACUAAGGUGGUUCCGGUGGUGGUGACGCCUUGGUAUGACCAUACGAUGACGGAGGAGUACUUUUUGGGGAAUGCACUGCGGGAUUGGAUGGACUCUUCGUAUACACCGGGUCAGGGUGGUUGGGUUGGGAUUCCGAGGAGGCCGAUGCCGCUCUUGAAGAGUUUGCGGAUGCCUGAUAAGCCUGAAGUAGGGUACGCAGAUGAGUUUUGUCCUGUUCUGGAGAACUGUCCGGCGUUGGAGACCUUGGUCUUACCCACAGUCGGACAUCGGCCCUUCAGUCUUGGCAAGUUGCUGUGCAUUAUCAAGAAUCAGCGCUUGCGACUCAAGAGGAUCACGGUCGACUAUCCCAGGAAACACGACGAGUUCCAUGAGACCCCCGGGAACAUCAUUGAUAUCCUUGACCAACAUACUCUCGAGGCAUUCAACAUCUCGUUCUUCAAGGAAGGGCCUUUCACCUGUCUGACCUCUAAGUUGUUCCGGCACUCGGAAACGCUCUGCGACCUCACCUUUGACGCCGUGAAAUCCCUCUACUCGACCACCAUCCUGGACCUCCUCUGCAAUUGCCCCGCUCUCAAGAAACUGGUCGUGCGCGGUGGAGGCGACAUCAAAGACAACAGCUUGGACGACAUUCAGCGUCUGCAAGACAUCUCUCUCGCCAUAACCCACGCAAUCGCAAAACCUUGGGCCUGUCUCCGCCUUUCACACCUUGAAAUCCCUGUCAUGUUGGAUUGGUUCGCAUACACCCCAAUUUCUCCAGAAAAAGAUGCUAGCUCGGAUUGGUUCCAUGAUUGGAGGCACACUCAAGGCGACUCGAACUGGGAGACGCUCAAGAAGUUCUAUCACCAGAUUGGAAGGCUACAUCAGUUGGAAAUCCUAGACUUGAAGGCCUGUUUGGUUUACCCGGCCUCUACCGCAUCCGGCGCCACCUGGAGCGACAUCACUCUCCCAGGAAUGUUACUCAUGCCCUUCACGCCAAAGCCAUCCAUGUUUUCGUCACCAAGGAACCAUAAUAUCACCCCCGGGUUUCUGGAUCUAUUGGGCGGGUUGACAAAACUGAGGGAGCUUCGCGGAUCGGUCCGGGUGGAUCUUCCCGUGAUGAGGUCGGCUAUGCGACUGGAUUCGUAUCGAUGGAUGGGGAAACAUUGGCCCAUGUUGAAGGUUGCCGAGUUCUUGCUGCCUGGGUAUCAGUCCGAACUUGUGUACACUUUGCCUCCGCACAUUACUUGGUUGUUUACGGAGCGGUCUUCUUUGAAGCUUGCUGCUGACAAGAAGCCCGACAAGGCAGCACCCAAGUAA